AUGGGUGUUAACGUGGAUGUCGCUGGGUCACAUUUAUCCGCCCAAAUAUUUGGAUUUGACCUGGGUUUUGACUUUCUAGGCUGGACCCAUUGGCGAGGGUUUCCUUUUUGGUGUAUUUGUGGCUUUGGUCGAUUCUGGCGACUUAAGUGUUUUCGAGUUUCCUCUAAUUUUUUUAUUUUUUCAAGUUCUGGUGAUUUACUACGUGCAGAAGUUUCUUCAGGCUCUCCUCUAGGCUUGCAAUUCUCUGAAACCAUCAAAGCUGGGAAACUUGUAGAAUUGGAUUUGGUGCUUGAUUUGGUUGAGAAGGCGAUGCUUAAAGCCGUUGAAGCUGGGGCGAAGGGAUUUUUGAUUGAUGGAUAUCCUAGAGAUGUUGAACAAGGAAAGCGUUUUGAAGAAAAGUUGUCUCCAAGCCAUUUGGUUAUUUUCUUUGAUGUUGUAGAAGAAACUUUGGUUAAACGUUUAAUGUUUCGUGGACAAACUAGUGGUAGAGAAGAUGAUAAUGAGGAAACAAUUCGUAAUCGUUUGCGUACUUUUUAUGAGGCAACCAAACCGGUCGUGGAAUAUUAUGAAGGAAAGGGGAAAUUGGCAAAGAUAAAUGCUGAGGGAACUAUUGAGGAUAUUUUUGCUGAGGUUUGCAAGCAUUUGGACAAAUUGGAGAAGAAAUAG